UCUUUAGUAGAUAUAUACAAAAGAUUUGCUACUAUCAUGGACUACAGAUAUGAGUCAUCAGAAACUCUCAGGAACAAGUGUGUAGCAUGCUUCAAACAAUUCAACAAAAUGGAGCACCUAGUGGAGCACAUGAGGACCUCGUAUCAUUCAGUUCAUGAACCUAUCUGUGGAAUUUGUAAGAAACAUUGCAGAUCAUUUGAAUCUCUCAGAGAACAUCUUAUAGGACCAUUGCCAAAACAAGAAUGCAAAAAUAUAUUCAACAUCCGAGGAUGCAAAUUCUGCUUAGCUAUCCUUGAUAGCCCUAAUGCUCGCUGUUUUCACCAAGAAAGAUGCCAAUUCUCGAGCAUAAAUUCUGGCCUACUUGCUCGCUUUGCAAACUUGGGCAUUCGCGACAAUUUGACUGUUGAAAAUGGUGGAACCAGAGGGCCGCAAGUAGUUGCACUGGCUUGCAAAAUGGUUGGUGGUGGCAGCGAUGGCUCCCUUGAUCUUUGUGCAAGGGUCUGCCUGAUUGAUGAAUCUGAAAACAUCAUUUUCCAUACUUAUGUCAAGCCACCAAUUCCUGUCACGAACUAUAGGUAUGAAACAACAGGCAUUCGACCAGAAUACUUAAGGGAUGCAAUGCCACUUAGGCAAGUGCAGAGGAAGAUUCAAGACUUCCUUUGCAAUGGAGAACCAAUGUGGAAAAUUCGACCUAAAGGUGGAAAAGCCAGGAUUCUUGUGGGUCAUGGUUUGGAUCAUGACCUUGACCGUUUGCAGGUUGAAUAUCCAGCAAUUAUGAUGAGGGAUACUGCUAAAUACCCUCCACUGAUGAAAACAAGCAAGCUCAGCAACUCACUCAAGUAUCUAACACAAGCAUAUCUUGGGUACGACAUUCAAACUGGCAUACAAGACCCUUAUGAGGAUUGUGUGGCAACACUGAGGCUUUUCAUGAGAAUGAGAUCCCAAGUUCAUAAAAAAGAGGACUAUCCACUGGCUUCUGACCCACAGAACCGAAAUAAUUUUGCAUCGUGGAGGCAAAAUGAGCUUGAAAGGAUGUCCCCAGAACAAUUGUUGGAAAUCUCAAGGUCAGAUUACUACUGUUGGUGCUUGGACUCAAGGGAUAUGUAGUGCAUGAAUGCAUUAUGACUAGCUAGAAAUAACAAUAAAGUGGGAAUAUGUUAUUUCCAAAAGAUGUUAUGGUUACUUGUACUAUGUAAACCAAAGUUAU